AGGUGUCCCUGGUGUGGAUAAAUAGGCAUCAGUGUGCAGUGGGAGAGCAGCAUCCUAGGAGAACAGCAACCCCAAACAUUAGGACUCAUCUAAAACAGAUGCUGGCUGUUGGCUUCAGCGCUCCAGACAGGAGAGCAGAGAAGAUGGCCCUCCUUGUAGCUCUUGUUCUUUUGAUGGCCUGGUUCUGCCCUGCUGUUCUCUGCCAACCAGAUGGCUCAUUGGGAAGAAACACUGAAGUCCAGGAAGACCAAAAUAAUGGGACACGAGUGGACAGUCUAACAAUGGCCUAUAUCAACACUGACUUUGCCUUCAGUCUUUACAAGGAGUUGGUUUUGAAGAAUCCAGAUAAAAAUGUCAUAUUCUCCCCACUCAGCAUCUCAGUAGCUUUGGCCAUCCUGUCCUUGGGAGCAAGCAACAACACCCUGGAAGAAAUUCUAGAAGGUCUCAAGUUCAAUCUAACAGAGAGUCCUGAGGCAGAUAUCCACCCGGGAUUUGAGCACCUCCUCCACGUGCUUAGUUAUCCGGGGGACCAGGUGAAGAUCAGCAUAGGCAGCAACAUGUUUAUUAAAAAGCAUCUGGAUAUCCUGGCAGAGUUCAAGGAGAAGGCACAGAUGCUCUACCAGGCUGAGGCCUCUGUGACGGACUUCCAACAGCCUCAUGAGGCCAAAAAACUCAUCAAUGACUAUGUAAGCCAACAGACCCAGGGGAAGAUCAAGGAACUAAUCUCACACCUGGAUGAGAGUUUGUUAGUGGUGCUGGUGAAUUACAUCUACUUUAAAGGGAAAUGGGAGAUGCCCUUUGACCCUUGUUUUGCAUUUGAAUCUAUCUUCUACUUGGACGAGAAGAGGACUGUGAGGGUGCCCAUGAUGAACAUUAAGAACCUGAGCACACCCUACUUCCGGGAUGAGGAUCUGAACUGCUCUGUGGUGGAGCUGAAGUACAGAGGCAAUGCCAGCGCCCUGUUCAUCCUCCCUGACUUGGGCAAGAUGCAGCAGGUGGAAUCCAGUUUGCAACCAGAGACCCUGAAGAAGUGGAAGGACUCUCUGAGGUCCAGGAUGAUUGAUGAGCUCUACAUACCGAAGUUCUCCAUCUCCAGUGAAUACAGCAUAGAGGACAUCCUUCAACAGCUGGGUAUCAGGGAAGUCUUCUCCACACAGGCUAACCUGUCUUGGAUUACAGGGGCUGAGGACCUGAGAGUCUCUCAGGUGGUCCACAAUGUUGUGCUGGAUGUGGAUGAGACAGGCACAGAAGCAGCUGCUGCCACAAGAGUCAGAGCUUUGGGAUCAGCUCUAAUUUCUAACCCUAUGAAAAUGAAUUUCAGCAGUGUAUUCCUGAUGAUUGUCUCUGACACAAACAUUCAGACUCCACUCUUCAUGGCCAAAGUCACAAAUCCUAAGGGAAACUAGAACUUUCCAAGUGGUGAGGCUUCUUCCUAGGAGUAGGGAUUAAGCCUGUUUGUGGGUCUCUAUGUGCAUUUUGGCCUCCACGCUCUGAUUGGCUGUGGCAUGCCGGGAUGGACAAUAACAGUGACUAACUGUAUGACUCCCACAUGCACGGGAGCCCUUGGACAAUCAGUGCUAGGCUCCCAGUCCUCUUGGCAGCACUGGCUCGUGUUCCUGACCCUGAAAUCUGCCUUUGUGGCCUCCCCAUGCUGCCAAUCUUGUAUCUAUCUCUAUCCAAAACCCUGGGCAGAUAGGCUCAGUCUCUAUCUGGGCUCUGGUCUUGUCUGCCUUCAGCUUCCACAGGCUUAAUGGAACUAUGCAAAUUUAUAGGCCAAUCAUAUGGAUCUCAGCCCCAGUCCUUGAGAUGAGAACCUGCCACUCAGAGUCUAUUUCCAGAACUGGAGCCACUGCAUGCCCAGUUCCUGCCUCAAACUUUGCCUCUUCCGGGUUCUGCCACCUACUGUCCCUUGUAGGGGCUCCUCACCCUGCCCACAUCUGGCACAGUUUGUGUCUCUCACUCCUGCAUCUCAUGGAGUUGGUUGGCCAUACCAGCUUCUUUCCCCAUAGUACACCAAUCUGGGGCAGAGGAACCUUUUUCUAGUUUCCCCACUGACCAACAUCACACAAGAGAUGGACAACUCUGCCUUCCUUACCCAAAAUUCAGGGCUUGGAGCAAAGCAUCAGUAAAUAUAUAACUGUACAGAAAUUACCCAGGCAGUGUUCACUCAGCUCCUGUUGGCAGGGAUUUGCCCUCUAAUGAACCCAGGAUAGUAGAUAUUGUCACUCACCAUCUGUAACUUUUGUGAUAUGCCUCUGACCUCUGUGCUAUUAUCAGUCUUUUUAUGGAUGAGGAAACUGAGACACAGAGAAUCUUAGUCAUUUCCCAUGUCCUCACAGCUAGACAUUAUGACUGGAGGGAUUUUCUUCCAAGUGUCCUGAUGCCAGAGGAACAGUUUUUACCAAGCUGGCAUUCUGUGCUUGGGGCAUCACCUUGGUGGUGUGCAGGUGGAUCAUAAAACAAGGCUCUGGGUGCUUCACAGAGUACUCCUAAAAGAGUCUGUGGCUCAUGUGACCUCUGUGCUGAUGUCAGAGUAGGAUGAGAAGGUGGUCAGAUGAACAGAAAGAAUGCUUUAGGAAUGAGACACCUCAAUGGAGUUAUUUCUAAUAAUAAUUGGGGGUGUUAGUAAAAGAAUAAACAGUCACCAGAUGUCAAAGCACCUGGCCCUGUGAGGAUUCUCAAAUGACUGAGAACUACAGGCAGUUUUGGAUGGGUUAAUGCCAAGGGCCAUGUCAUAGAACAGCAGAUGGACAGUAAUAUUCAAGGUGUCAGCCCACCAGAUGAAUAAUUCUCUGUUGGGAAAUCUCAUUAGGCAUGGCCAUGGGAACACAGACUCUGGAAUAAUGUUUGCUUCUCUCAGUAAUUUUCACAUAUGCUAUUGCAACUUUUCCCUAAACGGCUAUGGGAAUUCCCCCACUGAUGUGUAUUUACCUCAUGAAUAUAUUCCAUUUACCUGGCUCAUUUAUAUCUGUAGAUUUUCAGGAAGAUGAGUUCUCCUUAAUCUGUAUUCUUUUGAUGAAUAAAAAUGUUUCUUUUGA